CCUGUGAGGGACCAUAUUGUCUCUGUGACACAUAUUUUACCCAUUUGAUAGCCAAAGAUAAAGGAAACAAGAAUGAUGAAAAGUGAUAACAAAGGAGAGGGAAAAGAAAUCCAAUAAAACAAAAAAGUAUAAGGGAGAGCCAGACAAAGGAAAAAUGCUGGAGAAAGAAAAAGAAAGAAAUUGCAAGAAUUUGGAAAUAAAGGAUAGUGAAGGGAAGCUGUAGAGUGUAGCGGGAAACAGUAGUAGUAAUAGUUGCAGGGAGGGAGAGAGAGAGACAGAGUCGUAGUUUCUCUCUCAUUCUUCAAAUACCCUUCCCUGCCCACCAAGAAAAUUCCACUGAUGCAAAAAUAAUCAUAAUCAUGAAACACCCUCUGCUCCCAGCACUCUCAAAAAGUAUAAUCUCUCUCCAUCAAAACCUUCCUUCCCUUAAAUUUACCUCUCUUAAUAACAUCACAUAUCUCUCAACCAGAUUCCCCACAUCCCCAUAACCAUGAAACCUCCUUUCCUUUUCUGUCUUACACUCUCCUUCUUCUAUUUGCUUCCCACAUUUCUAGUAGUCAUCUCUGCUGCUGCUGCUGCUGCUGCUGCCACUGCCCAGCCUCUUCAACUUCAUGCUCUUCUUUCCCUUAAAUCUUCCCUUCAAGACCCUUUAGGCACUUUCCAAGACUGGGAUCAAUCAUCCUCCAAGCCUGGUUUUCGCAGUCCAGUUUGGUGUGCUUGGUCUGGCAUCAAAUGUGACCCAAGAACUGCUCAAAUCAUAUCACUUGAUCUCUCAGGGCGCGGUCUUUCUGGUCUUAUUCCUGAUGAAAUCCGUCACUUAAAGAGCUUAAUUCACUUGAAUUUGAGCUCAAAUGCUUUUGAUGGGCCUCUCCAACCAGUCAUUUUUGAACUCACCCAGCUCAGGACUAUUGAUAUAAGUCACAACAGCUUCAAUUCAACCUUUCCUCCUGGAAUUUCCAAGCUCAGGUUUCUAAGGGUCUUCCAUGCAUAUAGUAAUAAUUUCACUGGUCCAUUACCAACAGAGUUUGUAGCGCUACCUUACUUGGAGCGGCUCAACCUCACGGGAAGCUAUUUCGAAGGAGAAAUUCCGUUGGGAUAUGGAAGUUUUCAGCGAUUGAAGUUUCUUGGCUUGGCUGGAAAUGCUUUAGAAGGCCUUCUGCCACCUCAGUUAGGAUUUUUGAACCAGCUUCAGCGGUUGGAGAUUGGAUACAAUAAGUUCACAGGGAAAGUACCUGAGGAGUUCGCAUUGUUAAGCAAUCUCCGCUACAUGGAUAUCUCAUGCUGUUCUCUCUCUGGUAAUCUCACACAACAAUUGGGAAAUCUAACUAAGCUCGAAACUCUGUUACUCUUCCAGAACAAUUUUAGUGGUGAGAUUCCGGUGAGUCUUACAAAUUUAAAAAGUCUAAAGGUUCUUGAUUUGUCUGAUAAUCAUCUUACGGGAACAAUACCAGUGGGGUUGUCUUCUUUGAAAGAGCUAACCAGGUUAAGCUUGAUGAAAAACCAAUUAGUCGGUGAAAUACCACUUGGAAUUGGUGAAUUGCCUAAUAUUGAAACACUAUGCCUCUGGAACAACCGGCUAACAGGAUUUCUUCCUCAAAAGCUGGGUUCCAAUGGCAAGUUAUUAUGGCUAGACGUGUCCAACAACUCUUUAAGUGGUCCAGUUCCUCCAAAUCUUUGCCAGGGAAACAAGCUAUUCAAGCUCUUACUCUUCUCCAACAAGUUGAUUGGAAGUUUGCCUGAUUCAUUAUCAAACUGUACCACUUUAACAAGGUUCAGAAUUCAAGAUAAUCAACUCAACGGUUCGAUUCCACAUGGCAUUGGUCUCUUGCCAAACCUAUCUUUUGUAGACUUGAGCAACAACAACUUCACAGGAGAAAUCCCUGAGGAUAUUGGCAAUGCGCCGCAGCUACAAUACUUAAACAUCUCAGAAAACUCCUUCGACAGAAAAUUGCCAGGUAACAUAUGGAACGCCCCGAAUUUACAGAUAUUUUCAGCAAGUUCAAGCAAAAUCAGAGGCGAACUUCCAAAUUUUAUCGGUUGCAGAAGUGUGUACAAAAUCGAAUUGCAUGAUAAUUCGUUAAACGGUACAAUUCCUUGGGAUAUUGGUCACUGCGAGAAGCUUAUAUGCUUAAAUUUAAGCCGCAACUCUCUCACCGGUAUAAUUCCAUGGGAGAUUUCUACACUUCCAGCUAUCACUGACGUUGACCUUUCCCAUAACCUUCUCACUGGCUCAAUCCCCUCUAAUUUCGAUAAUUGCACCACUUUAGAGAGCUUCAACGUCUCCUUUAACCGUUUAACGGGUCCAAUUCCAGGUUCUGGUACAAUUUUCCCAAACCUCCAUCCGUCGUCAUUUUCCGGGAAUGAAGGCCUCUGCGGCCGUGUUUUAGCAAAGCCCUGCGCAAUGGACACGUUGACAGCCGGAGAGGUUGAGGUCCAUCGCCACCAACAGCCUAAGAAAACCGCCGGAGCGAUCGUUUGGAUCAUGGCGGCUGCGUUUGGUAUUGGCUUAUUCGUGCUCGUCGCUGGAACCAGAUGCUUCCAUGCUAACUACAACCGGAAAUUCAACGACGACGAGCGUGAGAUCGGACCGUGGAAAUUAACCGCUUUCCAAAGGCUAAAUUUCACGGCUGAUGAUGUGCUGGAGUGUCUUUCGAUGACCGAUAAGAUCAUAGGGAUGGGGUCUACAGGGACUGUAUAUAAAGCGGAGAUGCCAGGUGGCGAGAUCAUAGCGGUGAAGAAACUGUGGGGUAAACAUAAGGAGAAUAUCAGACGGAGGCGAGGGGUUUUAGCUGAGGUGGAUGUGCUGGGGAAUGUGAGGCAUAGGAAUAUAGUGAGAUUGUUAGGGUGCUGCAGCAACAGAGAGUGUACAAUGCUGUUGUAUGAGUAUAUGCCAAAUGGGAAUUUAGAAGAUUUACUGCAUGGUAAAAGUAAGGGAGAAAAUCUAGUAGCUGAUUGGUUUACGAGGUACAAAAUUGCUCUAGGUGUUGCUCAGGGGAUUUGUUAUCUUCACCACGACUGUGAUCCAGUGAUUGUGCAUCGCGAUCUUAAGCCUAGUAAUAUUCUUUUGGAUGGUGAGAUGGAGGCUAGAGUGGCUGAUUUUGGUGUGGCCAAGUUGAUCCAAAGUGACGAAUCCAUGUCGGUGAUUGCUGGGUCUUAUGGUUACAUCGCACCAGAAUAUGCUUAUACUUUACAGGUUGAUGAAAAGAGUGAUAUUUACAGCUUCGGAGUAGUGCUGAUGGAGAUUAUAAGUGGUAAAAGAUCGGUUGAUGCUGAAUUUGGGGAUGGCAAUAGCAUUGUGGACUGGGUAAGGUCUAAAAUCAAGACUAAAGAUGGUGUCAAUGACAUUUUGGACAAGAACGCAGGAGCAUCAAUUGCAUCAGUGAGGGAGGAAAUGAUGCAAAUGCUUAGAAUUGCAUUGCUUUGCACCAGCCGCAAUCCAGCGGACCGGCCAUCCAUGAGGGAUGUAGUGUUGAUGUUGCAAGAAGCUAAGCCUAAGAGGAAAUUGGCCGGAAGUUUAGUUAGCAGUGGUGGUGGGGUUGUGGGUGAUAACAUAGUUACUGCUGGUGGUGCAAUUGCACAAAAGCCUACUAUGGAAUGUUAAUAUAUGAUUAAUUUUACAUUACUUGUUUCUUUUCUUUUAUCUUUUCUUUUGGUUAAUGUUAUUUUCCAAAUGGUGGGGGUAUUGGUAUAGGAGAAGUGAAUUUUCUUACCUUUUUAUUUUUAUUUUUUCCAGUGGAAAAUUUCAAGUGUUUUUGUUCUAAUUUUCUUUUGAUUUUUCUGUUUGGGACAUAACUUUUGUUAUUGACACAUAAAUUUGGAGUGUUGAUGAUCUUUA